UUUUUGUAGGAAGGCUAGAUAUAUUAAAACCGUUUCAGAGUUGAAGUGUAUUUGUGAUCGUCAAGUUAUACUUAAAUUGUGUCUGUAAAGAUGGUUUUAACCCAACAAAUUUCCUGCGAGGAACAGCAAAUAACGAAUAUUUUAGUGUCUAUAAUAUGCCUAUAUGGCAACGACGGAUUGCCGAUGGAUCGAGUGGAAGCAGAAUUCCAAAAUUACUGCGGAUUUCCCAUUCCUUGGAGGAACUUUGGCGCGAAAAGUCUAAGAGCAUGGAUAACGACUUUGCCUCACAUUUAUAUUGUAACCGACCGUUACAACAAUGAAAUUUUGAUCGAGCAUAGCCCAAAGUCGAUGCACAUUAAAGAUUUAAUUCUCAAGCAAAAACAGGCGCACUACAAGCCACAAAAUUGCUUCAAAAAAAAUUAUUACGCCAAUGGAAAUAACGAAUACGAGCCACAGCAGUACCAGAUGAAACACAGAUUAGAAUGCCAAAAUUUGCCUGAAGGAUCUUACAUACAUACAUCCAUAAAUAACGUUGCCCUGAACGACGCAGGAAGAUAUGAAAAAUUUGAAGAACUUGAAGCAAUGCUGCCUUUGUUUUACAAGCAUCAGGCCCUUGGUGACGACUUUUUCUUGGACAUUGCCGAUUCCAAAUUAGGGUACUACGUUCCAGAUAAAGGGCCAAAAGAAUGUGGAUUAUGUGUGGCUGGUCAAACUAUUUCUGGACUUACUGAGAGAGUGAAACUAGCAAAAAAUCUGGCCCCCAGGGUUGUAGUAAUGAUCGGUUUUCAAGACUUGAUUAACGGACAAAAUAUAAGCACAAUGAUAACUGAUUUAAGACAACUUGUGGUCGAACUGAAGAAAAAAAAUACCCGCAUUACACUUAUAACUUUAGUUCCAUCGCCAAAACUUCCGAAAAUCAGAAGACUUGAAAUAAGAAUGGACAUUUUCAAUAGGGCGAUUAUUGACUAUGCUACAGAUCCAGUGUUAAAGUGCAACAUUAUUGAUAUGAGCACCAUUUUCAUAAAAGAAACAGAAAAAUUCAAGAAAGACUUUGAAAGAUUCAAAAAACUAACGAAAAGCGAUUCAUAUAAGGUGUUCUCAGAUUAUGGAAGAAAAGUGUUCUUAAAUGCCCUAAAGUCAUGCCUCAAAGAACAAAUAGAAUAUGGACAUUAGCUAAGAUGUCCAGAAAUUUGUUUAAAAUAUUCUUUUAUAUAUCCAGAGCAUGGCAUUUCGAUAUUGUAACCAAAUGUUCUAUGCAUCAGCUAGCUAUAUAAAAAAAUAUUAAUGUUAUUAGGUUGUACCUGUCUAAUGUUAUUACACAAUAACAUUACUUUUAUCUGACACUUUCUUGUGUAUUAGUUGUUUAUUUAGUUCUAUAAGUGUUUUUCUAAUUUAUUUAUUUGUAAUUAUUAUGUAUAUGUUUGCGCCAAGGACACCUGUGAUAUUAAUUUUAAGUAGUGUUUAGAUUUUUUUUAUUUUUAAGUAGAAUUAAGAACCACAACGCACAAUUUAACUUAGUAUACCUGCAGAACAUUAAUUAUAUUAGAAGUAUAAAACA